CUCUCCGCCAGACCCCCCUCCCUUCUUUUGUGAUCAUUUCAAACGCCUCCUGGAGGGCUCGCGGUGACUCCCCCCCUCCACCCCCCUGUCUGUCUCUCGCACGCGCUCCUCCUGCGCUCGCCCCGGCGGAGAAUUGUUGACAAAAGGCGCUGCACCGCGCGGCGGAGGAGGAGGCCGGACCCCGGUACUACUGGUGUGGCCGAGGUGAUUCGGUGUCGGUCGGGCUCAGCAGCAGGCCGGCGUCAUCCGGACCUCCCGUUCACCUCCGGAAGCUCGGAACGGUAACAAACCUUAAAAGAAAAAAAAAGAAAAAACAGCCGAAACCAGGAUGGGUCCCUCCGCGUGAGGUGAGCGGGGCCAGCGUUGCCGGAGGAGGCUGGGGGACUUUCGGGGGAUGGUGUGAGCUGAGGCGGGCAGGCAGUCUGGAUCUGACCGGGGACCCGACGUUCCCCCGGAGCCUCCGCGGCUCCAAGCCGCGUCCCGAGCCCUCCAAGAUGGGGAAGUGCGACGGCAGAUGCACGCUGCUGGUGAUCUGCUCCCUGCAGCUGGUGGCGGCCCUUCAGAGGCAGGUGUUCGAUUUUCUGGGAUACCAGUGGGCGCCCAUUCUGGCCAACUUUCUGCACAUUGUGGCCGUCAUCUUGGGCAUGUUCGGCACCGUGCAGUUUCGCUUCAGAUACCUCAUCUUUUAUGCAAUAUGGCUGGUCCUGUGGGUGGGAUGGAACUCUUUCAUCAUAUGUUUCUAUUUGGAAGUUGGAAACCUGUCUCAGGACACAGACUUUCUUAUGACUUUCAACACGUCGCUUCAUCGUUCUUGGUGGAUGGAGCAUGGUCCCGGUUGCCUGGUUACGCCGGUGCUGGACUCCCGCAUCGCCCCCGAUGACCACCACGUCAUCACCGUGUCCGGGUGCCUCCUCGACUACCAGUACAUCGAGGUGUUGAGUUCUGCCAUUCAGAUCCUUUUGGCUCUCUUUGGCUUCGUGUACGCCUGCUAUGUGAGCAAAGUCUUCCAAGAUGACGAGGACAGCUUUGAUUUCAUCGGUGGCUUUGAUUCGUACGGCUACCAGCCUCCUCAGAAAUCGUCUCACCUGCAGCUGCAGCCUCUUUACACAGCUGGUUAAGUUUCGGGAACGCCCCCUCGAGACCAAAACACCGAUGGCGUCCCCGUGGAGGGAAAAGGCUGCAAGCGGGUCGUCCCGAUCACACUCACUCUCUGUGUCACAGUUUACCCGAGGAACGGACUUUUAACCCCACCCAGAGGGAGAGAUGAAUGUGCAUGUGUGCUUGUGUCCGAGGAGGAGGAGAGGCGCAGCUCCUGACUGGAAUGUACGGCGCUCGGUUGUCGGGGGGAAGACCAGCAUGUCAGGUGUUGAAAUGAAGGAGGUGGCGCGCGGUGCAAAGACGAGAGCAGGAACACGUCUGUCAAAUCACACAGAAGGAAACAAUUCACUCAACUGCCAGCUCUCAGCGCGCUCCCUACUGUGUGUUUGUGUGUUUGGGAGAGAUUGUGCAACUCCCCAGGAAUCGCGGGGGCUUUGUAGACGUACCUUGGACUCUUCUCACAUGGUGCCCCUGUGAUUUCUUUGUUUUUUUUAAACUUUUUGAAGGGUACUCCUGUGCAUUUGUGUGUGCGCUUGCGGGUGGGGACACAUACUGACAUGAAGCGCAGCUUGUUCCUGUUGUUGUUUUUAGAAUGUGGUGAUAUCAAAUUAGAGCAGUCUUAACAGUUUUUCCUGUUCCCAAAGCCAUCUUUCCUUCCCCUGCUUAAAGCACAGCCAGAAUUCACGGGUUUCCCAUCUAAACUACUAAGGGAAUUUGAAAAAAAAAGGUGGGUGAGUGGAGGAGCUAAACUCUUAAGUGAAUAAGUCUGGCAUUAUUUGAUCAUCUCAUCAGCAAAGUGUCUCUUUUGCAAUAAUUUCCCGCUUUUUUCCCCCUUCUCCUGUGGUUUAUGCCACUAUAUCUUUACAAUUGCUUCCCAGAACAGCUGGCUGCCACCGUUUUUAGCAAAGGUCACUUCAUAAGCACAUUUGUCGGAGCUAUUCUGAGCAGGGAAUAUGUUCCUUUUAAAAGAAUUAAAAGUCACAGGUUGGUGAAUGGGAUUCAGAACAAUCUCCACCACACACUUCCUGUCUUGCAUUUUCAAGAAAGCGGCGUUCAUUUGUACCUCUUUUCCCUCAAAUGUUCUGAUUAAUUUGAUUCAAAACACACAUGCACAUUAAAUGUCAUCUGCCGUCUCUGUGAAACGUUCGUUUGACCUCGAUAAUCAAGUCACGCGCUCAGGUUUGUUUAUUAGAAAAUCAUUUCAGCCUGAUGUGCAUGUGUUGAUUAGAGCUGCAGAUGGCUUUGGGAUCAGGCAUUAGUGUUUGUACGGGGUGGGGAUACUCUGCAUGUAAAUAACAAGCCAAUGAUUGUUUUUUUUUUUUUAUUUGUUUCAUUCAGAAAAUGGUUUGUUUUAUGGAAAAAGAGGGAGGGACCAACGGAGAAGUCAAAAUGUGCCUCAUACCUCUUUCUCUUCUUUCUUUUUUGCACAUUUUCUCUUAUUUCUUCUGUUUUUUUUACACAUCUACAGUUAAGAUGAUCAUUUUUUUUGGUCUCAUUAAUUAACUAAAUAAAUCUUUACAGCUUCUUUACCAGAGCUCAGCAGUACAAGAGAUUAGGAGGAAAUUUGACUAUGUGUUCUGGUAGCAUUUGUAGAAAUAAGUGGACACAGAAAGAGGGAAUGAAGUAGACAACAGCUAUGUGUUGCAGACCUUAUCGGAUGGGUGUAAGAGGAGGUUCGAAUAAAAUAAAAAAAACACUUUCUACAUUAAA